AUGGCCGCGGAGCUGAAGGCAGAGGUCGAGGGCCUUGUGGCCAAGAUCGCCGACAAGGCGGCAGGACAGUCCGCCCUGGAAGGUCUGGCCGCAAUCGCGAAGGACAAGGGGCGCCCGGCCGAACCCUUCUUGGUGGCCGCUUUCCCCAAGAUCCUGGAGGCUUCGAACGACAAGUCCAAGAACGUGAAGGAUGCCGCUGUCGCCACCAGCAAGGCCAUCAUGGAGAUGGUCUCCCCAUUUGCCGUCGAGCUCCUGCUGCCCUCCUUCCUGAACGGGCUGGCCGUGAAGGCAAAGCCCACCCAGAAGGAAGCCACUCUGCAAAUCAUCUCCGCCCUGGCUGGCAAAGCUCCUCGCGCCGUGGGCUACCUGCUGGUGAACCUAGUUGCUCCCGUGGCUGACCUGACCUGCGACAUCAAGAAGGAGGUGAAGACAGCGGCGCUGGAGUGCAUGACGGCCAUCUGCGGAUGCACGGGAAACAAGGACUUGGAGCCCUUCCUCCCAGCCGUGGUCGAUGCUGCCUCUUCUAUUGACAAGACCCACGCCUGCGUGGAGAAGCUGGCCGGAUGCAUCUUCGUGCAGAAUGUGGAGGCCCCGGCUCUGGCAGUCACCAUGCCCGUGCUGACGCGCGGCCUGAACGACAAGAACGAGGAGGUGAAGCGCACGUGCUGCCAGAUCGUGGACAACAUGUGCAAGCUCGUCGAGGACCCUGCAGAGGUGCUUCCUUUGAUGCCGAAGUUGGAUCCUUUGGUCAAGAGCGCCACACAGAAGAUCUCCGACCCAGAAGCACGAGGCGUCGCCGAGAAGGCCUACAAGACCUUGCAGAAGGCCGCCGGAGAAGGUGCCGAGUCUCUGCAGCAGAUGAAGCUUGAGGAUGCCAAGAAGCAGGUGUCCGCAGCGCUGGGUGGCAAUGCAGGCUCCGGAGAGGCCUUCGAAGACGAGCUGACGCAUGUUUCCGCCCUGGCCGCGUGCGCCGCCAACAUGCGGGUCUUCGAUGAGGACCUGUGGAAGAAGGACGUCGGCUACCUGGCACCUUUCGACUCCAUCACCGAGGCGCUGCGUGCCAAGAUGGAAAUCGCCGCCAAGCCCAAGGAAGAGGUCGAGGAGGAGGACACCGAGGGCGUUGACCUGUACAAGGGAGCCUUCUCCCUGGCCUACGGCACGCUCACCUUGCUGCGCGACGCCAAGAUGCAUCUGAAGCGCAACCGCUUCUAUGGCCUCCUUGGACCCAACCAGUGCGGCAAGACGACGCUCAUGCGUGCCAUCGCCAACGAGCAGCUGGAGGGCUUCCCCAAGCGAGACGAGCUCAAGAGCGUCUUCGUUGAGCACGAGAUCGAAGAUGAGGAGGUGGGAGUGCAGGACGAUGGUUUCCCCAUCCUUUCGGUGGACAAGCCCGGAUGGUGGUGGGUCGUCCACACCUGCAACGACAUCUACAAGCUGGACCCGCCUGUGAAGGAGGAAACGGUCAAGGAGCUGAUGAAGUCCAUCGGCUUCGGCUACCCUGGCGGCCCCGACCGUGCCGCCAAUCUGGAGCUGCGCCUCGGGCCGCAGCGCCGGAAAGUUUCCAGGAUCUUCCAAUUUCCAAGCGAUGCCCCUGCCGCCAUGAUUCCCCCCAUGAUAGCUCUGCAGCUGAUGAGGCCGGUGACCUCCUACUCCGGCGGUUGGAAGAUGAAGAUGCAACUGUGCGCUGCGCAGCUGAUGAACGCCGACGUGCUCAUGCUGGACGAGCCGACCGGACAUCUUGACGUUGACAACAUCAAGUGGCUGGAAGACUGGCUCGAGUCCUUCGAUGGAAGCAUCAUCUGCACCUCCCACUUCAGCCCUUUCCUUGACAAGAUGUGCACUCACAUCAUCGACUUCCAGGACCGCAAGCUCAAGACCUUCAAGGGCGAGAAGGGCCAGACCCUCACCCAGUUCGUGGAGAAGUACCCGGAGAAGAAGUCGUACUUCGAGAUCCGCAACGACAACAUGCGCUUCGUGUUCCCGGAGCCCGGCGCGCUGGAAGGCGUGAAGAGCCGCAGCAAGGUCAUCCUGCGCAUGAACAACGUCAGCUUCACGUACCCCACCAAGGACAAGCCCACCAUCAUGGAUGUGAGCCUGACUGUGUCCCAGGUGAGCCGAGUGGCAGUGAUCGGCGCCAACGGUGCGGGCAAAUCCACGGCCAUCAAGGUGCUGGUGGGCGAGCAGCUUCCCACGGAAGGCACCAUCUGGAAGGCCCAGGGCCUGCGAAUGGCCUACGUGGCGCAGCACGCCUUCCACCACUUGGAGAAGCACAUGCAGGAGACCCCCACGCAGUACAUCAUGUGGCGCUUUGCGGGCAACGAUGACCGCGAGAGCAUCGAGUUCAAGACCGAGGACCUCUCAGUGGACGAGGAGAAGGCCCGGGCCCAGAAGUGGUGCAUCGACUCCGUCACCGGCAACGUGCGCCGCUGCACGGACCCCAAGGAGGACGCCAAGAAGGCCAAGCAGGACGAGGCUGGAGCCGUGGUCCCGGAUGCCAUUGUCAACCGACGUCAGAAGAAGAAGGAGAAGACUUUCGAGUACGAGGUGAAGUGGCAGUUCAAGUCCAUGGACAACAACACCUGGGUGGAGAAGGACACCCUGGUGAAGAUGGGCUACAUCAAGCUUGUGCAGCGCGAGGAUGAGCGUCAGGCCGCCAUGGCGGGCCUGAUGACCAAGCAGCUCACCCAGCCGGGCGUGGAGAAGCACCUGGCAGACUUCGGCGUCGAUGCCGAGUCCGCCAGCCACACGCAGAUCAACCAGCUCAGUGGCGGAAUGAAGGUGAAGAUCGUCCUGGCGGCUGCCAUGUGGCAGAACCCGCACGUUCUCAUCCUUGACGAGCCGCUCAGAUGCCUUGUAGACGGAUGCGGCCCACGCGGCAAGAUGCUCGUAGACUGCUUUCCUUGGAACGGCAUCACGUGGCAUGCCCUGUGCAACGAUCCCCCGAGGCCGACCAACUACCUUGACCGCGACGGCCUGGGUGCCCCCGCCUGCACUUUGUCACAGCCGCCCUGCCCUGGGCGUGCCUUGGUCUUGGCAAUCAAGGACUACAAGGGCGGUGUCCUCAUCAUCUCCCACAACAAGGAGUUCUGCGACAGCGUGGCGACGGAGAAGUGGAUCAUGCAGCACCUCGGAGCAGCCGGUUGGACAAUCCUCAAGAUUCUUCUGUGUCGCCGCCUCCGCAUCGAGGGCGAGUCUAUCGACAACUCCAAGGAUGACGACAACGCAAACAAAGGCCCAGAACAGGGACAGCUCCACUGCCCUGAUGAGGUCUUCGACGGCGCGGGCAACAAGAUCGAGGUCAAGAAGAGCGCAACUGGUUGGCAAGCGGAGCCAGAGAAUGACCCUCCCUGGACAGUCACCAUGACCGAGAAGGACAAGAAGAAGUCCAUCAAGGACCUUGAGAAGAAGAUCAAGGACGGCAAGAAGAAGCAGACGCUGACCGACGAGGAGGUCUGGGAGCUCGAGGACAAGCUCAACGAGCUGAAGGAGAGCCUGAAGGGCAAGGACUGA